AUGGUGUCUCCGAGCACGCUGGACGAAAGCUUACUGGACUCUAUUCUUCGAGACUUGCGGGUCGUUCUUAAACGCGCACGCUUGGUCGCGCUACCGUGUCGUUGUGCGAGUGACCGGGGCCUAUCGCUUCCCGAAGCUCGACGUCGUGCAGCCGAGUUACAGACAGAGUUGCACGACUGGGACCUGUGGGGCCCACUGCUUGUCUGUCUGGCACUGUCGGUGACGCUGUCCGCUGUUUCAAAGAGCGCUCCGUCGACAGUGUUCAGUCUGGUGUUUGUGAUAAUCUGGGUUGGAGGCGCCAUCGUAACGCUGAACGCUUCGCUGUUAGGGUGCAAGCUACCGCUAUUUCAGAGCAUCUGCUUGCUCGGGUAUGCAGUGACGCCUUUAUUCGUUGGAGCAGUGCUUUGUCUGAUAUGGCACGCAGCCGUCGCUAGUCAGGUUAUCGAGAGUUUGCUGCGCGUUGUGACGAUCCUCGUCGCGCUGGGAUGGUCCGUGUUCGCGAGCUCGACACUGCUAGCGGAUGUGGGCGUCCAAGCUGGUCGGAAACCUCUUGCGCAGUUUCCCAUCGCGCUAUUGUUCUGCGGUCUGGCAUGGGUUAUCCUCCUGGCUUUCGAGUAA